GGCGGCGCCGGCGCGGCGCAGCAGGGCCAGCAGGCAGCGCUGAUCGGGCCGCAGCUGCCGCCGGGGGCGGCGGGGGCGGCCAUGGCGGCGCAGGCCGCGGCAGAGUAUGCCCACGACAGCUUCCGGGAGCGGGCCAAGUUCAUCCCGCUGCGCCUGGGCACAGAGGAGCGGCGCCUGCUGCGCCUGCUGGAGGCAGCACUCACCGUCAGCGAGUACACAGACAAGGUGGAUGUGAUGAGCUGGCGCAAGAAGAGCGGGCGGGUGCAUGCCCAGAUCCGGGACAUGUGCGCCAUUCUGUGCGGCCUGGUGGUGGCGCAGGACUUCCGCCGCGGCCAGCAGCUGAUCACCGAGCGCAACUUCUCCGACCUGCGCCAGUUCUUCCAGGACUGCUUCGAGGUGGGGCGUCGCCACAAGAUCAUGAACCCCGAAAAGAUGCGCGACACGUACGGCAAGCUGAUGUACCUGUUGCAAGACAGCUGCGAGGGCGAGAUCCAGGAGCUGCUGGAGUUCAAGUGCGUGCGCCCGCUGCGCACGGUGCACGCGCUUCUGGAGGAGCGAGGCGCGCUGGCUCUGCUGGAUGACCCGCUCAUGGAAGCUGCUACAGCGGAGAUUGUGGCUGCGGGGGUGCCGCGCCACGAGGUGCAGAAACGCAUCAAGGUCAAGGAGCGGGCGCGUGAGCAGCUGUCCCGCAAGUACCGCAGCCGCGGCCUGAGCGAGGAGGAGAUCCUGCACUGCCUCUACUCCAUCUCAGACAACAAUUCCUACUUGCUGUUCAACCGCGACCCCAUAGACAGGAUGAUUGCCUACCUGCAAUCCUACUUCCUUCCCGGCUCCUACGAGCCCGGCUACAGCCUGGCGAUCCAGGGCGGCAGCCAGGGCGCGCGGCUGACGCACAGCCACGAGCGGCAGUACACGUACGUACUGCAGAGCCUCACGCUUUGGCGGGAGAUCAGCCACGAGAUGUUCAAGCUCUGGUACCUCGCCGACUGCGACCUGCUGCACGAGCGCAACCGCUACACGCUGCAGAACACGGGGCAAGGGAUGAACCGCGUGCAGGGCGCGCCGCACGUGGGGCGCGCCAUGCAGGCCAUCCUGGCGCGCUGCCAGCGCCGCAUCGGCGGCUGGGUGGGCUCCUCCGUGGUGCACCUGGGAGAUCACAACGUGCCCAACGCCCUCAUGUUCAUAGACAAGUAUACGCAGGUGCCCCGCAUCCUCAACCCCACUGUGCUGGUCCUGGACGAGCUGCCCAAGCUGUGCCGCGACCCGCAGGUGGCGGCGUAUGUGCAGGGCGCGUUUGGCGGCGUGGAGCCGUGCCGCAAGGCCAUCCUCCUCGACUUCUUCCGCCACGCCUUUGACGGCAGCGGCGCGGACAACUUCUUUGACGCCGGCAGCUGCAUCGACGGGCGCCUCACCUCGGCUUGGAACUGGUGCAGCAAGAUUGAGAAGAAACCAUACUAUCAUGUGUUCAAGCUGGCUGGCUUUGUGGGCUUUGACGGAGACUUCAAGUGA